ACUGAGCUUCUAGUAGCCCCUGAGUGGAAUGAAACAGUCGAGCUAUUUCGCACUAGGAUGCCAUUGCGGAAACAUCGCUGCCGUUUCAAAAGUUACGAUCGUUGCUUCACAGCAGGGGAGGCCGUGGACUGGUUGCAUGAGCUGCUGCGCUGCAGUCAGAACUUUGGCCCGGAGGUGACCCGCAAACAAACAAUUCAGCUGCUAAAAAAAUUCCUCAAGAAUCAUGUUAUUGAAGACAUCAAGGGAAAGUGGGGCCAGGAAGAUUUUGAAGACAACCGUCAGUUGUACAGAUUUCCUCCUUCCUCACCCCUGAAGCCAUAUCCAAGGAAGCCCCCAUACCAAAAGGAUGUUAUUAAAUUUCCAGUCUGGAGUGAUCCGCUACCAGGCACCUCUCAAGAAAAUAUCCCAGUGAGGCCACUAGUGAUGAAUUCUGAGAUGUGGUACAAACGUCAUAGCAUUGCUAUUGGAGAGGUACCAGCUUGCCGACUUGUUCAUCGCAGACAGCUGACAGAAGCCAAUGUAGAGGAGAUAUGGAAAUCUAUGACACUAUCAUAUUUACAGAAAACUCUUGGCUUGGAUUCCUUAGAAGAAGUCUUAGAUAGUAAACUUGUUAACUCCAAAUUCAUCAUCCAUAAUGUAUAUAGUGUGAGCAAACAGGGGGUUGUUAUCCUUGAUGACAAAUCAAAAGAACUUCCUCACUGGGUAUUGUCAGCUAUGAAGUGUUUGGCAAAUUGGCCUAAUUGUUCAGAGUGGAAGCAGCCUAUGUACUUAGGAUUUGAAAAAGAUGUCUUUAAAACUAUAGCAGAUUAUUAUGAUCACUUGAAAGAACCUUUGCUAACAUUUCAUCUUUUUGAUGCCUUUGUCAGCGUGCUAGGUUUGCUGCAGAAAGAGAAAAUGGCCAUUGAAGCAUUUCAGAUUUGUUGCCUCCUCCUGCCUCCUGAAAACAGGAGGAAGUUGCAGCUGUUGAUGAGGAUGAUGUCGAGGAUCUGCUUAAACAAGGAGAUGCCGCCACUGUGUGAUGGAUUUGGCACACGGACCCUGAUGGUUCAGACCUUUUCCCGUUGCAUCUUAUGUUCCAAGGAUGAAGUGGACUUGGAUGAAUUAUUAGCUGCUAGAUUAGUGACAUUUCUGAUGGACAAUUACCAGGAGAUUCUCAAAGUGCCAUUGUCUUUGCAGACCUCCAUAGAGGAACGGGUGGCUCAUCUACGAAGAGUCCAGAUAAAAUACCCAGGAGCUGAUAUGGAUAUCACUUUAUCUGCUCCAUCAUUUUGCCGCCAGAUUAGUCCUGAGGAAUUUGAAUACCAAAGAGCCUAUGGCUCCCAGGAACCUCUAACAGCCCUGUUAGAAGAAAUAAUAACUGACACCAAACUUUCCACCAAAGAAAAGAAGAAAAAAUUGAAACAGUUUCAAAAAUCUUAUCCUGAAGUCUACCAGGAACGAUUUCCCACACCGGAAAGUGAAGCGCUUCUGUUUCCUGCAAAACCUAAACCAAAACCACAGCUGUUAAUGUGGGCCCUGAAAAACCCUUUCCAGCCAUUUCAAAGAACUAGAAGUUUUCGAAUGUAGUACUACAUUAAGCCUUUGAGACCUCCAUCAGCAUCAUUUUGAAUAAACAGGACUGUUGUGAUGGAAGAAAGAAGAGCAUAAAAUAGGGACUACUAAAAUAUAAAGAUUGUUUGAUUUUAAACUGUUGAGCCAUUUCAGUAUUUUUUAAAAAUGAAACAAAGUACUGUUUUUAAAGUGUACAAAUCACUUAAAACUGAGAUAGAUAUGUGGUGGUAAUGUUAACAUGUUUAUAAUUGACAUAAAAUUUAAGGAUAUUUUAUUGCAUUUUUAAAAAUGGUGUUUACAAAACUUUUGUGACAUCAUAGUUAUUGAUGUCUUUUUUAAAACAAGUCUUAAAGUAUGGCACAUCAGCUUGUUCAAGAAUGUAGUUGAACAAG